AUGUCCCUCCGGCGGGCCGGCGGUGGCCUUGGUGGUGCUGCUGGUGCGGCCGCGGCUGCGUUGGCUGGUGGUGGAGCCUUGCUCUUUCAUCAGUAUAAGAAAGGCAAGAAAGAGGAGGACAUGAAGGAGAUGUUCAAGGAUUGGGUGAAGAAGUACAACAAGAGAUACCGGGACGAGCAAGAGAAGGCCACGCGGUUCCAGAUGUUCAGGGACACCGUCGACAAGCUCCCGCACCCCACACCAGAGCGAAUACACUAUCUUGCAGACCGGACAGACGAGGAGAUCCGGAGGUUUAAGGCCUAUCCGGACGGAAUUCAGCACGAAGAGUACGCAAAGUUCUGCAGGGACCUCUUGGCCAAGGAGAUCCAUUGA